AUGACGAAGAUGAAGAACCGGUACUUGAGGCGGAACGAUAGCGACGCUGGAAAAGGCGCGACGGUGUCGACAGUAGCAGUAGCUGAGAAUGGAGAAGGCGUGAGCGAAGCGGGAAUUGAAGAGCGACGGCGAGUAACUGCGCAACGACGUCUGGUACGAAGAGGAGUUCGCAAACAGGCGCGGCAACGUAAGCGAGAGGAACUGCAGGUCGUGGAACGGGACAAUAAGCGGCUGAAGGAAGCUGAACGAGCUCUGGAUGAAUUGGCCCAGCGUCGACGGCCAACACCAGGGAGCACGGCUAUUACGGAAACGGAGCGCAUUGAGGCAAACGACGGGCUACCAACGGCGACAGUGACAGUGGAUGGUGUACCGCGGCGAAUUCAACUAGACAGUUGUGCGCGAUACUUGAUUGCGGGUACUGGAUGGAUAAAACACGGCGACCGGGUUGAAGGAGAAGCUCCGGUGGACUACGUCGAGGGGAUCAGUGGAUUGAUCUUGCAGUGUACGCGUAUAAUUCUGGACGACAUACGACGGUAG